AUGAACUACAGACUGGCAAUCAUUGGGAAGACAAAGAAAGAACAACUCUUGCAGCAGCCGCAACUCUCCAAGCACAAAAAGAAGAAAUAUGUCUUGAAAUUCUCCAUUGCUGAUGCGCUUGCCGCUACAGUCUACAGUGCAAUUGAAACCACUACGGAUUUUAUGAAAGAAGCUGCACAUGAAAUCAUGAAAACCACCGGAAGCAGUCUCAAAGCAACCAUCAAGAGAACAAAUGUGGAACCCCGCGAUGACGUAAUGCAAAUUCAAACUUCGGACAAUUGA